AUGUCUAAGCCAGCAUCCUUCACCGACAAGCUCGCCCUCGGCGAAGCCCCCCGCGACCUGCCCAAACGGCGGGUUAUUGUCACCGGCGGCAGUGGAAAACUCGGACGUGCGACUGUCCGCUACCUCGCCGACGAGGGCUGGGAGGUUAUCUCCGUCGACACGAGGCGUCCGCCAGGCGUGAGUGAAGAUGGCAAGAGUGGGCUUGGAGGCGCGUACCGUCUUGUGGAGAUUGACCUUGAGGACAUGGGCAGUGUGCUCGAGACGUUCAUGAGUACGGACAUGGCCUACUCGGGUAUUCAAGCGGUCGUACAUUUGGCUGCCAUUCCUUCUCCGGGGCAGACCAACGCUAGCAGACAGUUUAGGACGAACACGGUGAGCACUUACAACGUCCUCGAAGCCUGCCGCAAGCUACGCAUCAAGAACGUCGUCCUCGCUUCCUCCGAAACACUCAUCGGCAUCCCUUUCGACCCACAUCCUCCCUCUUCGCUCCCCAUCACCGAGGAGCACGAACGCAAGCCAGAGUCCGCUUACUCCCUUUCAAAGCUCAUGGGCGAGACGCUGGCCGACCAGUACACUCGAUGGGAUCCCGAGUUGAAGGUUGUCUCGCUGCGCUUCAGCAACGUGAUGUUGCCGCAGGAGUACGAGUCGUUUGAGAGUUGGCAGGAUGACCCUAAGCUGCGAUACUGGAACUGCUGGGGUUACAUUGAUGCCCGCGACGGCGCCCAAUCCGUCUCCAUAUCCCUCGACAGCAAAAUGAACGGCCACCACCAAUACCUCAUCGCCGCCGAGGAUACUGUCAUGCGUAAAAGCAACGAUGAGCUCGUCAAGGCCGCCUUUCCCAACGUCAAGUACAACCCUACGGCUGGCCCGAAUGACACUCUGUUGUCGAUCGAAAAGGCGAAGAAGGAGCUUGGAUAUAAGCCAAAGUUCAAGUGGCAGGAGCAGGUUAAGGGCAAGAGCAUUUAA